AUGUCCAAUCUCCGACACCGCACACGAAACGGCCAGGCGAUUGCAGAAGACAAGGUCGCGCAGAAGCCGCUCAAGGCGCCUGAGGGGAUCGCGGUCGAAGGGGACCGCGUUGACAAGGGGAGGUGGCGCUCUGGCCUCGAGAUCCCCCGCAAACUGCUCCACUCCUCCAUCGCCCUCGUAGUCCUCUACCUCUGGCUCUCGCACCCAAACCUCCUCACCCUCCUCCGCUACCUCGCCUACGCGACGACCGUCAUCGCCACAGCUGAUGUGCUCAGGUUCAGGUUUGCUUGGUUCGAGAGGGCGUAUGAGGGGCUGUUGGGGUACUUUAUGCGCGAGUCCGAGCGACACGCGGUGAACGGGACGAUCUACUACCUCGUCGGCGUCCUUUGGUGCCUCUCGUUCUAUCCUCGAGACAUCGCCUGCCUGUCGAUCAUCAUGCUCUCGCUGUGCGACACCUCCGCCUCCGUCUUCGGCCGCCUCUUCGGACGCUACACCCCUCGCCUCCCCUUCUCCGGCACGCUCUUCGGCGCCAAGAAGUCCCUCGCAGGCACGCUCGCCGCCAUCGGAGUCGGAAUGGCGGCGAGUUAUGUCUUUUGGAGUAGGUUUGCGGUGCAAGGGGACGAGGGAGAUGUCAGUUGGGUGGCGGCGAGGGUGGCGAGUAGCUGGAGGGGGAGGGUGAACCAGGACCCGUUGAGGGCAUGGGGGAUCAGGAGGUUGCCGAACCCGCAGAGCACACUCGACUUGCACACGCUCGUCGUCGUCAAUGGCCUAACAGCAGGUCUCGCCGAGGCCAUCGACUUCUUCGGCUUCGACGACAACCUCAGCCUGCCUGUCUUGUUCGGCUUCUUCUGCUGGCUGAGCAUGUACAUUCUCGGCUAG